CAUCGGCCGAAACUUUUCCAAACAAAUAAUUCUGCCCUCAAAAUUCUCAAGUCCCGGCAUGUAAACCUUCAAAAUUACCGUAAAAAUUUUGGUGUCGCAAAAAUUCUUCGUAUUCCUCCACUACAAUGGUAUUCGUCUGCCCCGAGAAGUGCAAAGAACGCAAGUCCCUUCUCACGAAACUCAAGGACCUCGUCGACCAAAUAGACGACAAGCAAUGCUGCCCCCAGUGCCCGCCGCCUUGCUGCCCGGGCGCCUGCUGCCCGCCGCCCUGCUGCCCGGGCCCCCCAUGCUGUGGCAUUGGACCGCCGUGCUGUCCGCCCGCCUGUCCGUCGCCCCUGUGCUGUCCGCCUACGCAGUGCUGUCCCGGUACGUGCCCGCCGCCCACCACGCCCGUGCCAGUCUGCUGCCCCGCCCCCGCCUGUCCCGUCAUGGUCCCGCCCUGCCUGCCGAUCUGCACCCCCGUGCCCCCGCCUUGCGUGCCCGUCUGCAACCCCUGCCCCGAGGAGCAGCCCUGCGUGCCCUGCAACCCACCACAGAUGAUGGUUUGCUACCGCAGACCCAAGUGCUGCAAUGGCUCUGGGAAGAGGUCCAAGAGUAGGGAGCUAAGGGGCGGCAUUUUACACAUAGGUUGCGACUGCGAGAGGCGCAACGGGCUCCAAGACGACUGCCCCAGGUGGGACUGCCGGGGGGCGCCCGAAUGUCUGACCAAACCCGACCCCACCUGCGGGCCCAGCGAGUUCGCCAACGGGAAACAUCUAGGCAGGCGGAACUACAGCGGGAGAGGAAAGGAUCUCGAGGAGUACCAGUGCUAUCCAGCCUAUAUCCGGCUGCCUCCGUGUCCUCCGUGUUCCCCGUGCGGCGGCUGUCCGCCGCCGUGUUGUCCUUGUCCCUGUCCUGCUCCGUGCUGCGACCCUUGUUGCAAUCCUUGUCCUCCGCCAGUGUGCUGUCCGGCCGUACCGCUGAUCCCACAGGCGCCGUGUCCUCCGCCCAUCUGCGCAGGACCGCCGCCUCUGGUGCCAAUAGGCACCAUUGUACCCGCCGUUCCGGCCGUCCCGUGCUGUCCAGUGCCUUGUCCGCCGCCGCCUGUGGCGUGCUGCCCUCCGUGUCCAUGUCCUUGUCCGUGUCCGUGUCCGUGUCCUUGUCCUUGUUAAGUCUAACUGUAAUAAAUAAGAGGAAAAGAAA